AUGUCACAAGAGACUCCGUCCAAAUCUCAAGAUGCAUCUUCCGGUCGAGGAUUUUCAAUGACCCUUCAGAAAAGUAAAACAAAAAAGGUGGAAAGAAGAAAUCUUGAUGUCUUUCCAUCAGAAACCUAUAAAAAACGGCGUAUUACCGAGGAUCCAGACCAACCAGCAAUAGAACUAAUAACAUGCAUUGAAGACAAUCAAUUGCAAAGCUUGAAUCCAAAGAAAGAUGAUAAGGAUUUAGUAAUCCCGACUUUAAAGAAUGACUGGAUGGAAAGAAAUCGAACUCUUGCUUCUGCACGGUACUUGCCCCAAAAUGAGAACGAAGAAGUAAAGACUACAACUGAGUUAUUGACUAACACAGGUUCAUCAUAUGGUUUGACCAUAAAUAAAAAGACUGCAAACGAUGCAUCUAAUGAAGCCACCGACGAAAUACGUGGUGAAAUUACAGUAACUCAUAGUAUCGAAGCCUCCAUAAUAAUGAGUUCCGAUUCUUUAGAUGACGAACAAUCAUUGCGACAGCAAGCUUUGACUGCACUUAUGAGAGGUUCAGAUGAAGGUGAUUCUAGUGAACAACAAGAAUCCAACCUCGUGCUGCAAGUAGGAGAAAAUAGAAAUAUAGAAGCCAAGAGAGAUAAACUUUCUGAAACUGAAGCUUUUCAGCGUGAUAUCGCGAAUUUACCAGACGAGGCUGAUAUCGAUUACGACAGUGUUCCUAUUGAUGAAUUUGGUUUGGCGAUGCUCAGAGGCAUGGGUUGGAAACCCGGAAUGGCAAUUGGAAAAAAUCAAAAUAUAAAACCUAAAGAGUUGUAUGAACCAAAGGCCCGUCCCACUCAUCUAGGAUUGGGUGCUUCUCCAUUUCCGAACACGUCUAAUGAUAAAAAGUCAAUUAGAUCGUUUAAAAGGGAUAACACGAGUACUAAUGGUCAAAAAUCAAGAUAUCGUAGUGUUUCACCGCCUCCAUCAGAAAGGAUAAAAGGAAAAUCACAAGGCUCUUCAAGUAAAAGGAAUAAGGAUAGGAGUAGAAAUCGGAGCCGUAGCACAGAAAGGUCACAUCGUAAGAGUAGGGAUAGAUCGCGUCGCGAUAGGAGUAAAGAUCGUUCAUCAUAUAAUGAGAGUUCAUCCAAACGUCAUGGCACCACCUCUUAA